GCAGUGUACACAGCAACGGUAUCCAGAGAGACCGACACAGAGACAGGGAGAGGCAGCAGCCUGGAUGGAGGAGCAGGACACACAGGAGGGUGAUGGGAGAUAUCACCCGGUAGGAGAGAAUAACCCGUUCUAGUCUCCAGGCCCCUCUGUCUACCCCAUGGCGGUCACUCCCGUGGGCUCUGCCACCUGGCGAGAUGCUUCUUAUAAGACUGUGCGUUUGGCACACAAUCUCAGGUUAUCCCCCAUAUCGGCUCUUACCCUCACUGCAACCGGCCCAGCGGGGGUGAGGACACAAGAUGAGAACCCCCAAAUGAAGAGUGUUCAAAAACAGCAGGCAACACCUCCUCCAUAUAACCGAGACCUAAUUAUCAACACUUGCAACGAUUAUGCCCGCGGAUACAUGAGGGAAAUGCGCAGCUCAAUGUACACGCUGAGACAGGCCUUGCUGGAGAUAAAUCGACAUAUCCUCAGAUUGCAGAAAGACAGGGAUGUAUUGGAGCAAUCUCUUGCCAACACCAGAAGAGACAUACUGUUAAAUAAUGACACCGUCCAAUUACGUACUUCAAGACCUGUUAGUGAGAGGCACCCGGAUAGAGUUGAUGUUCUCCUACAAGAUGAGAAGAAAAGCCUCAUGGACAUAAAGAGACAAUCUGAGCGGCGGCUGCAGGAGAUAUCUAGGCAGCUACAAGAACUCCAUUCCCACCGCCACAAGCUCUCAGGGUUUUGCAAAGAAAAGGGACUAGUUUUAGACUUUAUCGGUGAGGACGGACGACCCAAUCAUCUAGAACGGGACACAACUGGGAGCAGCAAACCUCUCAGUCCAGAAAAUGCAGACUGUCGGUCAGCCAUCGCUAGCGCUCGUGCAACGUGUGCGAAGCUCAGAUAUGCGCAGCCUUGUAACGGGCAGAAGCUAACAGAUCGCCAAGAACUAAAGGAAAAUGUGACAAAUGGGCUUCGCAAGAAAGCCGAGGAGAGCGGCCGCAUCCGGGAGGAUGUGACACUGGCUAUGGGAUGGGUGCGGAACUCCAUUCAAAGAGAGCAGAGAAUUCGCAAUGAGAUAGAAACCAGUUAUCAGCUGCAGCUGGGUCCGGUUUCCAACAAGGAUCUCUGUACAUGUGAUCGUCUAGACCGUCCAUUACUGAGAAUCCUCCAGAGACAUCCGGCAACGCAGGUCCCAGAGAGCGGACUCAUCUUACAGGACUCGGCCUCCUUUCAGCGGUCUCUCAGUAAAGCUGCGGAAAGAGUUGGUGACCUGCAUGACACACAGGCCAAACUACAGGACGACCAGCGGAACAAGCUCUGGGGAGAGCGCCUGGACCGAGCCGCUGUGAGACUGCGGGUGAGGAGUGCACGCUGCCGGAGCGAGAGACUGUGUCUCUGAGAGGAGAGAGAGAUGGAGAAAGAGUCACCCAUAAGCAGUGACAGCUGUGAAUAAACACCUGUGACAUGGGCCACAUGUAAUGAGCUGAAAAAAGUGGCCACUGGCACUGAUGAUUACAAAUACAACUACAGUACAAUGACCUGUCACCUACUGUACACCCACCGUCCUAUAGAUUGUAAGCUUCUGAGCCGGGCCCUCUUACCUAUCUGUUUGAAUAGAAUACCCGAUAUUAUCAGUUUGCUGGUGCUAUAUAAAUAAAUAUUAACAAUUACA